AUGGGACUUCAUGGGAAGAGGAGGUGCCAGAGGGACCUUUGGUCGACGGACCCGUUGAUGUGCUCGUCGGUGUUCGCCAAGACCAUGUCCAGGGACCGCUUCGACAUCCUUACCUCCGUCCUCCACUUCGCUAACAACGAAGGGGAGCCCAGCGCGGAGGACCGGUUGUGGAAGCUGCGCCCUGUGAUUGACGUCUUGGACUCGAUGUACCGUUCCGUCUUCGUCCCCAGAAAGAACGUGACCGUCGACGAGAGCUUGUGGGCCUUCAAGGGGAGGCAUCAGGCCCUUCAGUACAACCCUAGUAAGAGGGCUAGGAGGGGCCUGAAGGUCUACAAGCUGUGUUCGUCCGACGGUCCAGAGGCAGGGUAUACGGCGGCUUUCAAUAUUUACAUGGGGCAGGAUCGCGGCGAGUUUCCGGCGAGUAUGAAGGCCGUCGACGACCUGAUGGAGAAGGCAAAGCUGUUCGACAAGGGGUAUCAGUUGUACACAGACAACUGGUAUUCCUCCCCGACUCUCUUCUACUAUCUGCAGGCCCGGAAGACCACCGCCGUUGGCACAGUACGUGUCAACAGGCGGGGUAUGCCCUCGGACCUGCAGGCGAGUCGGGGACACAUCGACUUCCGGAGUAGCAAAACCGGAAUGCUUUGCCUGCAGUGGUUAGACAAGCCUGUGACAAUGCUAUCCACUGCCCACACAUCAAAGGUUGUUACCCUGCCUCCCAACCGCCGAGGGGUGGAGAGGUCGAAGCCCGAGGUCAUUGUCAGUUACAACAACGGCAUGAAGGGCGGCGACCUCUCGGAUCAGCUGGCGCAGUCAUAUCCAGCAACCUAG